AUGCCGGAUGGAUUUCACGGCCCCGUUGGUCGACUCCGCCAUGUUGCUCGUGUAGGCGCAGCGGAGGGUGACGGUGCUGCGGAUGGUCCUGUGGCUGCAGAUGGGCGAGGCGCAGCGGAUGGCCCUUGCGCUUCAGAUGGCACUGGCGCUGCGGAUGAUGUUGGCGCUGCGGAUGAUGAUGGUUCAGCGGAUGAUGCUGAUGGUACUGGCGCUGCGGAUGAUGGUGGUGAUGCAGAUGGGCGGGGCAAAGAGGAGGGUCCUGUGGAUGAACAUGGGCGAGGCGAUGCGGGUGGCCCUGGCGCUGCAGAUGGUUUUGGCGCUGCGGAUGAUGCUGGUGCUGCGGAUGGGCGGGGCUCAGAAGAGGGUGAUGAUGCUGCGGAUGGGCGAGGCGCUGCGGAUGGUCCUGGCGUUGGGGAUGGGCAGGGCGCAUAG